GAGGCACGCAGCACAACACUGAGCGCUUGAUCUGAUCGAGCUAGCUAUAGCAGCAGCCUCGGUAGCUCUCGUACGCUAGUAUAGCUAGCUAGCUCGCUAGCUCCGGUAGAAAUGGCAAAGUCGUCGUCGUCGUCGAUCAGGAGCCUUCUCCUCGCCGCCGCCCUCCUCGUCGCCGUCGGCAUCUCGCCGCACGCCGCGGAGGCUAGUAGUGGCGGCGCCGUCAUGGGCCUCGUCACCGGCGUAGUCCCGUGCAGCGCCGGGAGCUCCAUCAACGCGGCGUCCGUUCCGGGAUUCCCCAACGCCGCCGUGCAGCUGGAGUGCGGGGGCAGGGCGGUGGCCGGCGCGACGGCGGACGGCAGCGGCGCGUUCGCCAUCAACCUGGGGAAGCUCACCGCGGCGACGCUCACGCCGCUGCUCAACGACAGGUGCCGCGUGGUCGUCACCACCCCGCUGGCCGCGUGCGACGCGUCGCUCGCCGGCGUCGCCGGGACGCUGGCGGCGCCGGUGCAGCUCCUCGGCGACGGCGGCGCCGGUGGCGGCGGCGCCCUCGGCGGCCUGGGCGGCCUCAUCGGCGGCAUCACCGGCAUCAUCGGGCAGAUCAUCAGUGGCGUCCUCGGCAACAUCAUUAGCAUCGUCCCAUCGGCCUUCUCCGUCGUCUAGAUCAACAUCUGUGGCAGUUUAAGCACAAAUUAACGGAUUUGCUAGUCCCCAAAUUAAUCGAUACGUGGCAGUAUAAUUAAUGGACCUAAUGGUCGAUUACCCUGCACCGCUUUAGUUUGUACCGUCGCAUUACGUGCUGCUAUAUAUAUAUAUAUAUAUAUAUAUAUAUUUGUGUACGCAUGUCCACGUGCAUAUAUCUAAUUAAGAAACAUAUACGUAUGUAUUGUAAUGUUGUAAUUAAUAUUACCGUCGUCGUUUGUUGAAGAAUAUGAAGUGUUAGGGCAUUCCCAACCCAA